CAUGUGACGCAUACGUUUCAGACAAAAUCCUGGACACAACAAUAUAACGGCUCCAUAUCAUUGCGCUGCACGGUUCUGCUCCUCCCACGCCUUUGCUCUCGGUAUGGCGGACGGUGAGAGGUCCCCGUUACUAGCAGAUCUUGGAGAUGGUGCUCUUGUCGGCGGUAACGGCGGAGUGUCACCGGGCUCGGCUCCCUAUGGUUUACCAAAUAAACCACAAAGCUUCCCUCCCUUCCCCAGCCCCACCCAGCCCUCAGUGCUCCUGGGGGAGGACCCUCCUCCGUACUCCCCCCUCACCUCCCCAGAGAGUGGCAGCGCGCCAGUCAUCAGCUGUAGGGUGUGUCAGAGCCUCAUCAGCGUGGAGGGGAAGCUCCACCAGCAUGUGGUCAAGUGUGGGGUCUGCAACGAAGCUACGCCCAUCAAGAAUGCACCAGCAGGGAAGAAGUAUGUCCGCUGUCCCUGUAACUGUCUCCUCAUCUGCAAAGUCACCUCUCAGAGGAUCGCCUGUCCCCGCCCCUACUGUAAGAGGAUAAUUAACCUGGGUCCAGUCCACCCUGGUCCAGCCAGCCCUGAACCCCAGCCGGCCGGAGCUCGCGUCUCCUGUGGACACUGCAACAACACUUUCCUGUGGACAGAGUUUACUGACAGGACACUCGCCAGGUGCCCACACUGCAGGAAAGUCUCGUCUAUUGGUCAGAGGUACCCUCGAAGGCGGAGCUUGUGGUGUAUUCUGCUAUGCUUGCUUUUCAGCAUCUCCACUGCUGGGCUGGUGGCAGGUACGUGGGUGAAGGCCCAGGCCUACGGGGGUAUCUAUGCCUCCUGGGCCAUGCUGAUCCUGCUGGUACUCCUGACCCUGGGUCGGGCUCUAUACUGGGCCUGCAUGCCUGUUAGUGAGCCCCUACAGAACUUCACAUAGACACACACGCAGGCGAAGGUUGACGUUGCCCCUAGGUGCUGAUCUUGGGUCAGUUUUGCAAUUUCCCCACUAAUGGUUAAGGUCAGGAUUGUGGGAAGGGAUGCUGAUCCUAGAUCUGUACCUAGGGUGAACUUCACCCUUGAGUAGGGCUGGGCGAUAUAUCGAAUUAAUUUGAUGUUUUUGCGCGUUAUUCCAAAUGCCCGUAUCGGAAGAAGCUAGUUAGUUUAUUUAUCGUUUUUCUGAGCGUUUAUGUCCGCUUGUUCUCAUGUUGUCUUGUCUCCUUCGCUCCGUCUGUGCUGUGCACCUUCCCAUUUAUACCAGAGAUCUGUAUAUAAUGACGAGCUGCGUAUGUCUCCGCUAUAACAAUGGGAGUCGUUGUCCCAAAGGCGGGAAAGCAGCCGAUAAGCUUAGGUAAAAAAAACAUAGAAACGCAUUGGGCUUAUUUUGGUGAGUAAAACCUCUCGCUUCGCCUCUUCCUCUCUGUUUACACACACACACACACACCAAGCCCCUCCCCCUGUCACACAACAACCUCUCUGACAAGCGGUUUCAACCUGAUAUUUGUGUUUAAGGUCCAACAGAAUCGGUCAUAUGGACACCAAGAAACAUUGCAACAUUAUUUUACUGUAAGAGGAGAAGUUAUCCUUUUCAACCAUACCCUUUUCAUGUCAACUCCUCAAAUUACGCGCCGAGCAGACGCUACUAAAACAGGAGUACCAAUGGACAUCUAUUCUAGAAAAUACAUGUUGCAUGCGGCAUUACUGUUAUACUAGCUGUCUAGCUUUUAUACAUGUGCAAUAAGCAAAAAAACACAAUUUAUAUGAACUAGUUCUCUUUAUGAGACAUGGUUGGCCACUUGAUUUCCACAUCUGAACAAAGUGAACAGACUAGCGUUCUGUUCCAACAAUUGGAGACAGACAGAAGGGUGUGUUCAUAACAAUUCAAUUGUUUUGCUUUGUUAGAUAGCUAAUCCAAGUUGGCUAAACUUGAAAUCAUAAAGAUUAGUUGGCUACUCAGUAGCACGUGGGCUUGUGCUUGAGAGAUUGUUUGUGAGAUGUGUUUUAAUUUUCGAUAAUGCCUGCUACAAGAAGUUGGUCAUUAUUAGGGAAUGUGUAUUAUACUUGGUUCUGGUUACAUUUGUAAACAAAAAGGGCAUUUUCAUAGAUCGACUUGGAUGUCAGAUCAGUGAUUUAUUUCAAAAAAGCAGGUUAAACUGUUUUGAUAAAAUAAUGAAGUUGUUGGUGGGUCUGACACUUGUUGUAGGCUCAUAUUUAGCCUAGAUUUAAUUUUACGAGCCCUGAAUUAAUUACAUUAUAUCUGACUGUUUGAAAUGUAGAGUAUUUGACCUUUUUAAUUGUACAACAAAGCUUAUUUAGAGAACAUAAACAAUGUAGGUGUGUGUGUAUAUAUACAUAUAUAGGUAUGGUAUAUCGUCCAUAAGAUAUGAUUUCUGAGCCUUUAUCGCCCAGCCCUCCCCUGGAGCCUUUUAUUCAUUUAACUAAGAACAAAACAAGAAGUUCCCCUCCUUCCCUUGAAUCUUUUGUCAUUGUGUUUCCAAACUGGAUGAUGAAUAAUAUCCUAAAAGAGCUUGACUUCUACAUUUACUUCUGAAUUGAUGAGUAGUUCACUUUAACAUGUUCAACUACUUUCCUUUCCCUGUUUGAAUCGUUGCUUAGGCCAGUCUCUCUAUGAGCCUCAUAUCAUGGCAUGGCUGAGUGGAACCAAGUCUUAAAUGAUGACAUAGCCCUCGGAUAAGACUGCUCCUCCGCAACCCUGAAUAUAUGUUCUUUUUUUGGGGCAUUUUACAUGAGAUUCAUUCAUUUGUUUUGGAAAACCCUUGAAGCACUGUUGAAAGGCAAAUGAAGUGUAAGAUGAACACCACCUAAAUUACCCUCCUUCCCCCAGACAUGGCGCUGGGUUUGAAGGGAGGUUAGGAUUGUGUCCCAAAGGGCACCCUAUUCCCUAAAUAGUGCACUACUUGUGACCAGGGCUCAGUCUGGUCGAAGGUCAGAAGUAGUGUACUAUAUUGGGAAUAGGGUGCUUAUUGGGUUGCUUGCUAGGGCAUCGUCAGAGUGAGGUCUGUAUAUGUUGGAGUCUAUUUAUGCUGCAUAGUCUGUCUGUGGGAGUGUUCGUCUUUGAUCCAAAGCAGCUUAGAAGCCUUAAAGAAGUUGGAGGAAAAGAUGAAACCAUUUGACUGGACACACACACACACACACACACACGUAUGUAUGUACGUACACACUCCCAUUCCCCACACACAGAAACAUUUGGAGAGUCCCUGUAGUGGUAUGCAGCCAGCGUGAAAAAGCAUCUCUCCUCAAGGACUUCAGUUUAUACACAAGUUUGUUGCAAGUGAUCUGAUCAUCUCUUUAUUGUGCUCUUGGUUAAUAUUGUUUUCUUAUCCAUCUAAGAGCUAACAAGUGAGGUCAACAUGAGCUCUCAGUGGAUCUCAUAGAGAUGUACUAGAGUGCUUCAAGGUGGUGAAAGCCCACCAUGGCUCUGCCCAUGUUAGAGAAAGAACUGGCUUUUGGCCAAGUGUGCUCUCUUUCCAACUCUAUGGUCUUACUACACUAAAUGUACUAUGAUGAGGCCCUGGUGACAGCCAGGCUGUGGUUGUUGUAGACCCCUUACUCUUCUAGUGGUGCACUAAAUAGGGAGUAGGGUGCUGUUGGGGAUUCAGUCAGGGUAAGAGAAAACGGUUGCUGAAGAUAAUCUAGACACACUACCUGCAUGUUGAAACACACUUCAUCUAACCAUAUAUCCUGUCUGUGGUUCAGAUGUGGUCAUAGUUAUUUAUUUUACAGCAAUGUUCAUUUUUUUUGUUUUAAUUGUACAUAUAUUUCUUGUUGUUCAUGUCAGAGUAAUUAUUGCUAAGCCGAUAUUGCACUUGUGUGCAUAACACUACAUGAUUUGAUUCUUGGAUGACUUUUUAAAUAAUUGUUUUGUUAAUCAAUAGGGUUAUUUUUGCAACCCUUGUUACUUAUUUUAACGGGAAUCUGCAAAGUUGUUAGAUAUUUGACUUACUAACACUAAGUCUCUGGACACGGGAACGUGUCCAGACCUUAACCACACACAUUCCUCAUUUACAUACGGACAAUCAAUCAUUUAAACCACAAAUGGCAUCAUUUUAAACACACACGCAGAGUGACAAACGGAUGGACACACGUACAGCUCUUUGAGAUGGUUACCCUACUUGACAGAACUGUGAUGGUAGCAGUAAUAGAUAUUUUAAAAUAUCUUGUUAUUUAUUAUAAUGAUCAUGUUUUAGUCAUGAUAUUAUGUACAAUAUUGAUCAUGUUAAUGAUGCCAAUAAUCAACAACCUGGCUGAUGCUCAUAUCAGAGUUUGUUUACACACAAUAAAGACAUGAUGUAUGAAAAUA